AGUAGCGAGCAGGUUCAGUUCGCUAGUAGGAAGCUCCAGCGCUACACCGGCGGCGGCGGCGGCUGCGGCGGCACCUCAGGGCAGCCAGAUUCCCCAACAACGACCUCGGGUCCUUCCCCUUCCCCGCGAGACCCCCGCCCCAGCUCCGCCCCGCCCGGGGCUCCUGCGUUUCGGAGUACCAACUGAGCAGAGCGGGCGCCGCGGCCGGAGCGUACCCCCACACGUCCUCCCCCAGCCGCCAGCUCCGCCGCGGGGCCAGGCCGGGCCCGAGAGUGCAGCCCCGGCGGGCGGGCGGGCGGCGGCCGCGGCAGAGGGCAGCCCGGGGCGGCGCCGGCGGGCCGGGGAGGCGCGGGGGGCCUGGCCCCGGGGCGGUGGUGCGGGAUGCCGCCGCCUCCGGGCCGCGUUCGUUCUCCACAGUUGGUACCCGUAUCGGGUGUGUGGCCGGGCGCGGGCCUCGCCCCCCAACCCCCUCGCCAGGGCUAGCCCGGCUGCGCGGCGCCCGGAGGGGGCCGGGCCGUCCGGUGGGGCCGCGGCCCUGUUCGGUGCUGCGAUCUCGCCCUCUCGCAGCUCCCGGGCCCGGCCGCCGCCGCCCCUCUCCCCGCCCAGAGGCGCCCCGGGGGCACCAUGCAGGCGCAGCAGCUGCCCUACGAGUUUUUCAGCGAAGAGAACGCGCCCAAGUGGCGGGGACUGCUGGUGCCUGCGCUGAAAAAGGUCCAGGGGCAAGUUCAUCCUACUCUCGAGUCUAAUGAUGAUGCUCUUCAGUAUGUUGAAGAAUUAAUUUUGCAAUUAUUAAAUAUGCUAUGCCAAGCUCAGCCCCGAAGUGCUUCAGAUGUAGAGGAACGUGUUCAAAAAAGUUUCCCUCAUCCAAUUGAUAAGUGGGCAAUAGCUGAUGCCCAAUCAGCUAUUGAAAAGAGGAAGCGAAGAAACCCUUUAUCUCUCCCAGUAGAAAAAAUCCAUCCUUUAUUAAAGGAGGUCCUAGGUUAUAAAAUUGACCAUCAGGUUUCUGUUUACAUAGUAGCAGUCUUAGAAUACAUUUCUGCAGACAUUUUAAAGCUGGUUGGGAAUUAUGUAAGAAAUAUACGGCAUUAUGAAAUUACAAAACAAGAUAUUAAAGUGGCAAUGUGUGCCGACAAGGUAUUGAUGGAUAUGUUUCAUCAAGAUGUAGAAGAUAUUAAUAUAUUAUCUUUAACUGAUGAAGAGCCUUCCACCUCAGGAGAACAAACUUACUAUGAUUUGGUAAAAGCAUUUAUGGCAGAAAUUCGACAAUAUAUAAGGGAACUAAAUCUAAUUAUAAAAGUUUUUAGAGAGCCCUUUGUCUCCAAUUCAAAAUUGUUUUCAGCUAAUGAUGUAGAAAAUAUAUUUAGUCGUAUAGUAGAUAUACAUGAGCUUAGUGUAAAGUUACUGGGCCAUAUAGAAGAUACAGUAGAAAUGACAGAUGAAGGCAGUCCCCAUCCACUAGUAGGAAGCUGCUUUGAAGACUUAGCAGAGGAACUGGCAUUUGAUCCAUAUGAAUCGUAUGCUCGAGAUAUUUUGCGACCUGGUUUUCAUGAUCGUUUCCUUAGUCAGUUAUCAAAGCCUGGGGCAGCACUUUAUUUGCAGUCAAUAGGCGAAGGUUUCAAAGAAGCUGUUCAAUAUGUUUUACCCAGGCUGCUUCUGGCCCCUGUUUACCACUGUCUCCAUUACUUUGAACUUUUGAAGCAGUUAGAAGAAAAAAGUGAAGAUCAAGAAGACAAGGAAUGUUUAAAACAAGCAAUAACAGCUUUGCUUAAUGUUCAGAGUGGUAUGGAAAAAAUAUGUUCUAAAAGUCUUGCAAAACGAAGAUUGAGUGAAUCUGCAUGUCGGUUUUAUAGUCAACAAAUGAAGGGGAAACAACUAGCAAUCAAGAAAAUGAAUGAGAUUCAGAAGAAUAUUGAUGGUUGGGAGGGAAAAGACAUUGGACAGUGUUGCAAUGAAUUUAUAAUGGAAGGAACUCUUACACGUGUAGGAGCCAAACAUGAGAGACACAUAUUUCUCUUUGAUGGCUUAAUGAUUUGCUGUAAAUCAAAUCAUGGGCAGCCAAGACUUCCUGGUGCUAGCAAUGCAGAAUAUCGUCUUAAAGAAAAGUUUUUUAUGCGAAAGGUACAAAUUAAUGAUAAAGAUGACACCAAUGAAUACAAGCAUGCUUUUGAAAUAAUUUUAAAAGAUGAAAAUAGUGUUAUAUUUUCUGCCAAGUCAGCUGAAGAGAAAAACAAUUGGAUGGCAGCAUUGAUAUCUUUACAGUACCGGAGUACACUGGAAAGGAUGCUUGAUGUAACAAUGCUACAGGAAGAGAAAGAGGAGCAGAUGAGGCUGCCUAGUGCUGAUGUUUAUAGAUUUGCCGAGCCUGACUCUGAAGAGAAUAUUAUAUUUGAAGAGAACAUGCAGCCCAAGGCUGGAAUUCCAAUUAUCAAAGCAGGAACUGUUAUUAAACUUAUAGAGAGGCUUACGUACCAUAUGUACGCAGAUCCCAAUUUUGUUCGGACAUUUCUUACAACAUACAGAUCCUUUUGCAAACCUCAAGAACUACUGAGUCUUAUAAUAGAAAGGUUUGAAAUUCCAGAGCCUGAGCCAACAGAAGCUGAUCGCAUAGCUAUAGAGAAUGGAGAUCAACCCUUGAGUGCAGAACUGAAAAGAUUUAGAAAAGAAUAUAUACAGCCUGUGCAACUGCGAGUAUUAAAUGUAUGUCGGCACUGGGUAGAGCACCACUUCUAUGAUUUUGAAAGAGAUGCAUAUCUUUUGCAACGAAUGGAAGAAUUUAUUGGAACAGUAAGAGGUAAAGCAAUGAAAAAAUGGGUUGAAUCCAUCACUAAAAUAAUCCAAAGGAAAAAAAUUGCAAGAGACAAUGGACCAGGUCAUAAUAUUACAUUUCAGAGUUCACCUCCCACAGUUGAGUGGCAUAUAAGCAGACCUGGGCACAUAGAGACUUUCGACCUGCUCACCUUACACCCAAUAGAAAUUGCUCGACAACUCACUUUACUUGAAUCAGAUCUAUACCGAGCUGUACAGCCAUCAGAAUUAGUUGGAAGUGUGUGGACAAAAGAAGACAAAGAAAUUAACUCUCCUAAUCUUCUGAAAAUGAUUCGACAUACCACCAACCUCACUCUGUGGUUUGAGAAAUGUAUUGUAGAAACUGAAAAUUUAGAAGAAAGAGUAGCUGUGGUGAGUCGAAUAAUUGAGAUUCUACAAGUCUUUCAAGAGUUGAACAACUUUAAUGGUGUCCUUGAGGUUGUCAGUGCUAUGAAUUCCUCACCUGUUUACAGACUAGACCACACAUUUGAGCAAAUACCAAGUCGCCAGAAGAAAAUUUUAGAAGAAGCUCAUGAAUUGAGUGAAGAUCACUAUAAGAAAUAUUUGGCAAAACUCAGGUCUAUUAAUCCACCAUGUGUGCCUUUCUUUGGAAUUUAUCUCACUAAUAUCUUGAAAACAGAAGAAGGCAACCCUGAGGUCCUAAAAAGACAUGGAAAAGAGCUUAUAAACUUUAGCAAAAGGAGGAAAGUAGCAGAAAUAACAGGAGAGAUCCAGCAGUACCAAAAUCAGCCUUACUGUUUACGAGUAGAAUCAGAUAUCAAAAGAUUCUUUGAAAACUUGAAUCCGAUGGGAAACAGCAUGGAAAAAGAAUUUACGGAUUAUCUUUUCAAUAAAUCCCUAGAAAUAGAACCACGAAACCCUAAGCCUCUCCCAAGAUUUCCAAAAAAAUAUAGCUAUCCCCUAAAGUCUCCUGGUGUUCGUCCAUCAAACCCAAGACCAGGUACCAUGAGGCAUCCCACACCUCUGCAGCAGGAGCCAAGGAAAAUCAGUUACAGUAGGAUCCCUGAAAGUGAAACAGAAAGUACAGCAUCUGCACCCAAUUCUCCAAGAACACCGUUAACACCUCCGCCUGCUUCUGGUGCUUCCAGUACCACAGAUGUUUGCAGUGUAUUUGAUUCCGAUCAUUCGAGCCCUUUUCACUCAAGCAAUGAUACCGUCUUUAUCCAAGUUACACUGCCCCAUGGCCCAAGAUCUGCUUCUGUAUCAUCUAUAAGUUUAACCAAAGGCACUGAUGAAGUGCCUGUCCCUCCUCCUGUUCCUCCACGAAGACGACCAGAAUCUGCCCCAGCAGAAUCUUCACCAUCUAAGAUUAUGUCUAAGCAUUUGGACAGCCCCCCAGCCAUUCCUCCUAGGCAACCCACAUCAAAAGCCUAUUCACCACGAUAUUCAAUAUCAGACCGGACCUCUAUCUCAGACCCUCCUGAAAGCCCUCCCUUAUUACCACCACGAGAACCUGUGAGGACACCUGAUGUUUUCUCAAGCUCACCACUACAUCUCCAACCUCCCCCUUUGGGCAAAAAAAGUGACCAUGGCAAUGCCUUCUUCCCAAACAGCCCAUCCCCCUUUACACCACCUCCUCCUCAAACACCUUCUCCUCACGGCACAAGAAGGCAUCUGCCAUCACCACCAUUGACACAAGAAGUGGACCUUCAUUCCAUUGCUGGGCCGCCUGUUCCUCCACGACAAAGCACUUCUCAACAUAUCCCUAAACUCCCUCCAAAAACUUACAAAAGGGAGCACACACACCCAUCCAUGCACAGAGAUGGACCACCACUGUUGGAGAAUGCCCAUUCUUCUUGAGUUCCUCUGUACUGGGAUGUAUAUUUUCCUGGCCCCAAAUCCAUUGCUGGCAAUGGAUGCACUGAACGUGCCAGCACUGAGGAGUUAAAAUGAGAACUCCAAACACUAACGACUCUUCUUCAAGAUGCAGUAUAAGACAAUGAAUUUUAACCUAGAUGUAAUUAUAAAAUGGAAAUGGUAUUCCAGUUUAGAAUAUGGAAAGACUGACCUAGAGGAAUUGGACAACUGAUUGCACCUGAAAAUCAUAAAGGGACUUUUUCUGGCCAAUAGGCAGGAGUCCUCUUUUUGGGAAGUGUUUGUGAAGUGAUCUUUUGUGAAGUGAUCAUUAAAGGGAUGGAAAACACAGUCUAGUGUCCAGCAGGCCCACAUGAUGACAGUUUUUGUAAUUCAAAUUAUGCACUUUUAAAAAAAAAAAAAGUAAACAGGGAUCUUAAUAUCUUCCUUUGUUUUCCUUUGCUUUACUCUUCUACUUCAGAAUAUUUUCUUAAAAAUCACUCAAAGGACUGUGAGGAAAGGCUGUGGUACCUGACCUUGUUGAAAUCAAGGCCCAGCACUGUACUACAGUCCUGUUUACAGAUUAUUACGGUGAACUGAAUGGGUACCGAGGCUUCACCAAAGAGGUACUUUUUUGUUGUUGUUGUUUUUUUAGGAAUAAUUAUACCAAUUUUAAGAGCAUUCCCCACCUGUCCCCACACACCCAAACAAAAUGUGGUGGUGUUGCCUUCAAAAAAGAAGUUUUGUGUCAUUAACAUGACAGAAGAACUUUUUAAAAAAACAUAACUGUCAAGUAGUCUAUUUGCAUUUAGGAGACUGUUAAUCUAUGCUAGAUUGUCAUUUUCCCUCCUUCUCCCACAAAAGUUUACUGGUAGUCCAUGUCAUGGCUCGUAGCUAUCCCUCUAACCAUACCAUGGAAAUGCAGACACCCAAUGUGAAAAGGAGCACUUGCUGGGCAUCACUGACACCGCUCAUGUUUUACUCAUAGUUGAGUAAUCAGCAUAUCUAGAAUUAUCUUGCAUUGCCUAAAUCAUAUGUAUAUAGUGAAUGUUAUAUAAUAUACCUGGCAGGUCUGUUUUAAUUUAAUUGAAUAAAGAUACAAAUACUUUGUUUGGCUGGCAUAUAUUAAAUUAUUAUAUGAAGAAAAUGGUUGAUUCUUAUUUCUUUUAGUUGAAAAACACACAAAAACACUAAACAUAAAAGCACGUUUUGUGGUACGCCUUGGUUUCUAGUUCUGGAUAUAUGUAUUAAUCUUAAAGAAUGAUCUAAAGUCACAGCUUGGCAUAUAGGAAGAUACUUGGUUAGAAUAGGAUGGGUAUCUUUUAAGCAGAACUUUGUAAGUUUUAAGUUCCUAAGCAACAUGUAUACAGUUUGUUAAGGUUUAUAUUGAACAUUCUACCUUGCUUGAGGUUUUCUGCUUUAUCAAAACUAUUCAUGAUAGAACAUCUACCUGCAUCAUUACUAUCAUAAUAUGGAUUAUUCAUAAAGCAUAUGUACUGUUCUUCUGAGUCUAACAAAUACUGUGACUGAAAUGCAUGCACCUUGUUGAAGAGAAAACAUUUUAUUAAUCUCCACUAUAAUGUCUGUGAAAUGUGCAGUAUUCCAUCCUUAGAGAGUUACCUGGUUCAUCAGCAUCUGCAUGUAUCCUCUGAAUAAUGAAGCAACAUUUCAGCAAUUCUGUUAACCACGCUAUUAAGAGACAUUUGUAGAAGUGCUGCAACAUGGUGGGAACCUAGUACUUUAAUAAUUUCCUAUGAUAUUUAUUAGAGCGUAAAAUGUACAUCACGAUAGUACAGUAUGUAGUCCUUUAAGACCAGAAGGUAUGUUAACUGCACCGUCAUUAAGCAGUCUAUCCUAUUUUCUUAUUUAUUUGUUAGAGUUGAAUCCUUUUUGUUCAAUAUCUGUACCAUUCCUAUGAUGGUAGCCAUUUUUCUCUUUAUAAAAUAUUUCUUCUUUGAAAAGUGUCCUAAAAAUUUAAUUUCAAAUCUCCUCUUGGAUGCAAACUGUCCCUAAGACCAUCCACUCAACAGUAUUUAUGUAAGCCAACUUACUAGUGCCACUACAACUAAUAAUGAUACAUAGUCCAGAGUCUCCCAGGACUUUUUACUGGCCAGCCUCAUUGUCCCUAGGAUUUCUCUUUUUAUGUCUCAUGGAUUACUUCUCUUUUUAAUUGCCCCAGGCCCAUUCCAAAUGAGAACCUGGUAAAAGUCACAUUGGAUCCCAUUCAGUAUGUCUUCGGCUAAUGUGUUAGCCUUCAAUAAGGUGGUAACCCCUUUUCAAUCUAUCUAGCCUAUAAAGAGGAAAAACUCAAAUUUGAAGUUCUAAUCUUAUUUCUCCCAAAGGGAACUAUUCUUCUACCCCAUGGUUCUAGGAGACCACUUCACUGUGCAACAGUUUUAUAUGUAUUGUGGAUGGAGGAUAUUUUAUUCUGAACCGUGACAUUUGGGUAAAAAUAUUUUCUGCAGUGGUAACUGAUUAGAAAAAUUCCAAUUGAAUGCCCUUAGGUGGAGAUGAGAAAACGGUAUCCUUGCCUUCCUCUCAAUAUGAAACAUUAACUAGUUGACAAAUUUAUCCUUGUAGUAAUGAAAAUAUAUUUAAUCAGGGACCAGAAAUGGCAGAGGAGAUAAAUGCAUCAUUACAAAAUUCUGCUUUUGAAUCCUGGACAUUACAAAGGGGGUAAAUGCAGCAUGACUUUUUGUUAACCAUAUUCCAAAAUGUGGAACAUUUCUCUUAGAAAUGAAAAUAUUUCAAGGCUGAUGUAUUUUAAGACUACACAUUAUCAGGAAGCAUACACUGAGAGUUCGCUUAAUAAAAGGUUGUUGGGCAUCAAAUUAUGUUUAGUAGGUUACUAUUCUCUUAACAACUCAAGGAUGCUUUAAUGGAUCUGAAUUUGACAAAGAGCAUGCCACACUAAUACUACAGUCAACAACAGCCCAAAGAACAAUUACUAUGUCAGCUGGAGGCUAUAUUGAUUCUAAAUUCUUAAAGGUUUUUUUCCCUCCAUAAAUCAAAAAUUACCUUAUGUAAACCAAAAAUUAGUUGGUAUUUAUGGUCAUGAUCUUAAUUCUCAAGUUUAGCUUACUUUAAUCUUGUAUUUCAUUGUUUGUCUUCUAAUGACAGCUUAGAUUCAGAUUUUUAAGUGGCUCAGCAAAAUAGGAGGAGUGUCCCAAUUUAUUAUGUUGUACAUAUUGAGGAAAACCUUUUUGUUCCUUCAGAUUUAGAAAGAAACAGUUUAACCAUUUAUUUCUUGGUAUUCUGCUGCUGUGAACAGGUUUACUUAUUCUUUUAACAUAUGUUGUGUGACUACACAAGUAUAGGUCCUGUUGUAUUGCACAUUAAUCUUUACCAGUAAAUAAACAUCACAAGGUUAAUACUGAUUUGGCUGAAAGAAUUAUGCAGUAAAGUUAUUUAUAAGGGAACAUGAUGACUUUAUUCAAUAUUUUUCUUCUUUGAAACAUCUCAUUACUGUUAAAAUUAUUUCAUAAUCCCUUAUACAUGAGCCAAUGAAAUAUUUUGAGCUCUACUUAAGCAUGAAGUCUAUAUAAAUCUAAACAACAAAAGCACUUGUAACUUGUUUAGUAAAUUCCAUGCCUUAUUUUCCAUUUUUGACACCGUAAAGUGCAUUUUCUGUCGACUGUGAGCAAAUUUCCCUUUUGCCUUUAAUGAAAAUAGUGCAUUAAGUAGCCAAUUGCUGCAGAAUUAUAAAGCAAGUUAGCUAACGGUGGGUCACAUUGGACUACCACUCAAAGAAACAAGAUGCAUAACAGAUGGAAGGUACAUGUGGUGUGGCUUAGGGAGAGCGCACCUGUGCCAGAUGCAUGCCACUUUCAGUAGCUGCCAAAUGUGCCUUUAAUUAAGAACAUCUCUAAUUUUUUUCUUCAGAUCAAGUCAGCAUUUGGGGGCGGGAUUUGGGCAGGGAACUUUGGGGUGCAAAUAUCUGGUGGAACCACCAGAGAAUUUGGUUGUCAAAGUGACAUGUAUAAUUUUAGUUGAGACGUGUUUGUGUAUAUAUGUGUAUUUGCCUUUGUUUAGUAGCACGGUUAUUUGCUAAAAUAAUUGUCAAAAAAAUUGCUCUGUCGGUCUUACUUUGAUGUAAGAACAAAGUGUGGUCUAUACAUCUAAUAUGGCCUUUGUACCUAACCAUGUUCAUAGGUAAUCUUUGUACUCUGUGUGCAGCAGUAUUUGGUUUGCAUUUAAAGUGAAAAUAACGGCUGUUAUUUUUCUGGCAUUACUAAGAUAAACUGAAAAAUAAUAAAGAAAAAUGCCUUACAUAGCCCA